CUUCCCGCUGAGAAGAGAGAAUAAAACAAAAUGAAAAAGAAAACCCAAUCCCCUCCCUCUCCAUCCUCUGCUUGCUGUUCUCCAGUUUCAAUCGUCAAACCAACUCUUCCACUAUCUUCAGAUGUCGGUCCCCGCUGACCAUACUGAUCAGGGGAUUGGAACAGUUCACCAGUCAGCUAUGACACCAAACUGGAUAAUCAAUGUUUCAGAUAUAAGAACUGUUAAGAUCAGCAACAUUUCACUAGCUGCGUCUGAAAGGGAUAUCAGAGAAUUCUUUUCAUUUUCUGGGGAUAUUCAAUACAUUGAAAUGCAAAGGGAGACCGAUACUACCCAACUUUCCUAUGUUACCUUCAAGGAUUCACAGGGAGCAGAUACAGCAGUGCUCCUAUCGGGAGCUACAAUAGCUGAUCUUUCUGUCUCUAUUACACUUGUUGAGAAUUACCAGCUGCCUCCUGGGUUUAUCCCACCAAACCUGGAGAGAGAGGCAGCGGCUACUAGUUCUGCUGUUAAGAAGGCUGAAGCUGUAGUGAGCACAAUGCUUGCUAAGGGUUUGGUCUUGGGAAAGGAUGCCAUUAACAAGACAAAAGCCUUUGAUGAACAGCAUCACUUUACAUCAAAUGCCUCUGCCACAGUUGCUUCCAUUGAUCGUAAAAUGGGACUGAGUGAGAAGCUAAGCAUUGGAACAACUAUAGUCAACGAAAAGGUGAGAGACAUGGAUGAGCGUUUCCAGGUAUCCGAGAAAACGAAAUUUGCGUUUGCGGCUGCUGAACAGAAGGCAGCCACUGCAGGAACUGCUAUUAUGAGCAAUCAUUAUGUAUUAACCGGAACUUCAUGGAUUUCAAGUGCAUUUAGUGCGGUUGCAAAGGCAGCUGAGGAUGUUACCAUGAUGACCAAGGAGAAGGUUGAAAAGGCUGACGAGGACAAGAAGGAGAUUCUUUACAGGGAAAGGACAGGGAUAAUCAACAACUUUGCACAAAUCCAUCUUGAUGAGUCUUCUUCAACAGAGCCUCCAACAGUUCCAGUCAAUUCAGCUGAUGACAAUAAUGCGCUUGGUAUCAUAUGACUGCUGUGGAUUUUCCUUUACCCAGUACAGUUGGAUUCCUUUUCAGUUUGUUGUAUGAUAUGCUUCGACACCAAGAUUCUAUAAACCACAUUGAUUGCUGCAGUGAAUUUAGAAUUGUUUGGCUUGUCCAUAGGCUUCCACCGGACUCAAAAAUAUAGGUAGAAAAUGCAUUACUACCUAUGAAAGGAGUUGUCCUGUGGUCCUUCCAUCAUACAUAUUUCAAACUUCAAAGUAGAUGUUUUUGUUCUUUCGGCUUAUACGAAGUGUAUUCUGUUUGCCACUA